CUAGUCGUAUUCCAUCUGUUGGCCUGGCCCUGCAGCGCCACACGGAACACGAGGCAAUGCCGUCCAAUCGCCGCCGCCCGCUGCCGCCGUUCGCACCUGGCCUUCUCCUGCUGCUGCCUUUCCUCGCCGUGGCGCCGCCACCGGCGGCCUCCGCGGUGGGCGUGAACUGGGGCUUCGCGUCCUCCCACCCGCUCCCGGCGGCGCAGGUCGUGCAGGGCCUGCUCCUCCCCAACUCCGUCCCGCGCGUCCGCCUCGCCGCCGCCUCCUCCGACGCUCUCUCGGCGCUCGCGGGCACCGGCGUCGCCGUCACCGUCGGGGUCCCCGACGCGCUGCUCCGGCCCCUCGCCUCCUCAACCAAGGCCGCCGCCGCCUGGGUCCACGAUAACAUCACCCGUUAUGCCUCCAGCGUUCGGUUCGAAUAUAUUGCUGUUGGGGAUGAGCCAUUUCUUCUUAGUCAUGGACAACAUUUCCAGCCCUUUGUAGUUCCUGCAGCAGCAAAUAUCAAAAAAGCGCUGACUGCUGCAAAAUUAUCUACCAAGAUCAAGGUGGUAGUACCCUGUAGCGCUGACACAUACCAGAAUGCAUCUAUGCUGCCUUCGAAAGCUAGCUUCAGACCUGAUGUUAACAAGACCAUGGGAGAACUACUCUCAUUUCUUAGUAACAAUAGUUCACCAUUUAUGGUCGAGCUGGAUCCAUUUUUGAGCUUUCAACGGCACAAGAAUCUGUCAUUGGACUAUUAUCUUUUCCAACUGAUGUCACAUCCAGUAAAAGAUGGUCAAAACAAGUAUGACAACUACUUCGAUGCAAGCAUAGAUGCUGUGGUUACUGCUCUAACCAAUGCUGGCUUCAGUGACAUGGACAUCAUUGUCGGCAGAGCAGGAUGGCCAACAGAUGGAGCUGUGAAUGCAACUCCAGCUAUUGCUCAGUCGUUCAUGAUUGGCCUAGUCAACCACCUUGCCAAAAAGUCUGGGACUCCUCUUCGUCCUAAAGUGCCUCCAGUUGAAACAUAUCUCUUCAGCCUUCUAGACGAAGAUCAGAGGAAUACGACAAAUGGAGGUUAUGAAAGACACCACGGUAUUUUCACCUUUGAUGGCCAGGCAAAGUACUAUGCUAACAUAGGUCAAGGUCCUAAAUCACUCAAGAAUGCCCUUGAUGUGGGCUACUUUCCAUCAAAAUGGUGUGUGAUUGACAACAACAAGGACCUCUCCAAUGUUUCUGCCAGUUUUUCUGCAGCUUGCUCUCAUGGUGACUGCACUGCUCUGUCACCUGGUGGCUCCUGCUCUGGCCUUGGCUGGCCUGGCAAUGUGUCAUAUGCGUUCAACAACUACUACCAACAGCAUGAUCAGAGUGAAGACAGCUGCGACUUCAAUGGCCUAGGUUUGAUAACGACUGUUGAUCCAUCUGUCAAUGAUUGCUUGUUUCCUCUCGCAAUUCGGACUUCUGCUGCCGCUUCUUUGCACCUGACAUUGGCCAUGUUUCGGUUACUAGUUUUCUGGGUUUGCAUUUUUUGUUUAUAGUCUGAUGUAGCUGCCUACCUUUGUCUUUGAGGCCAAAUUGAGCCUUAAAAGUUGUUCUUUGGGCCUCUCAUCGCAUGCACUCCAAAAUCUCGGUGCACCAUCAAACAAUAGUAUUCCUAAAUUGGUACAAUUUCUGGUGUCCCACUUCUUGGAGGAGUAUGCUACUCCCUUCGUAUCAAAAUAGAUGACACAAUUGAUUUUUGAUCC